GUUGGCCGUUCUUUCUGUCUCAGAAUCUCGCCUUGGCGUCGCAUUCACCACUGAACCCUAAACCCUAAUUUCAGGCCUUUCUCUAUCGGUAAAAUCAGCUUCCAAAACGGUACAAGAGCAAGAGGCUCACCAAUCUCUGUCCCCGAACCCUCUUAAACUCCAGGACUAAGAUGAGGCCUUUGGAUGAAGCUGAAACCACUGCGGUGUUUGAAAAGCUCUUUAAGUUCACGGGAAACAACCUCAAAAACAUUGUGGAGAACCCUUCUCAUGAAGGUCCGGACCCAAAUCCAGGUCGCUAUUGCUUUCGUCUCAACAAGAACAAGGUCUACUAUGUCAGUGACUCACUAGUAAAGCGUGCAACAAACAUAGCUCGGGUCAAUUUAGUCUCUCUUGGAACUUGCAUUGGUAAGUUUACUCAUGGUGGCAGCUUCCACCUAACUGUUCAAUGUUUGAGUUUCUUGGCCUCAAAUGCUAAACACAAGGUCUGGCUCAAACCUACCUCUGAGAUGUCAUAUUUAUACGGAAACCAUGUUUUGAAAGGUGGGUUGGGUAGAAUUACAGAAAAUAUUGUGCCUGGUGAUGGGGUGGUUGUGUUUUCAAUGUCAGAUAUUCCAUUGGGUUUUGGCAUUGCAGCUAAAUCUACCCAGGAUUGUAGGAAGUUGGACCCCAAUGGAAUUGUGGUGCUUCAUCAGGCUGAUAUUGGAGAGUACUUGAGGAUGGAGGAUGAGCUUUGAAUUUAAUGUCAACUUUUACUGCUUUUGGUACGUGUGUUGCAUUGUAUGCAUAUCUGCCGCUUAUGUAAGUGAGUCUAUUAGAUUCUGAUGAAUUUUGGCCGUGAUUAUAGUUCCGGUUUUGUAUGAAGAAUAGAUUAUAAUUUUCCUUGUGGCUCCGUGUGCGUUUAUUUUGGUUUAACGUUAUGGGGGUUUCAGUUUCCUCAUUUUC